UGUGUCUGUAGAGAACAGUGUGAGUGAAGAAAGAGAGAUAUAAACACACAGCGCGCACCAUUCUCCACUGUCCAAGGAGAUCACGCACCGAAGAACCUAACACUAUUUUCUCUCUCUCUCUCUCUUCUUUCUCUCUCUCUCUCUCUCUCUAUUGUUUUCUUUGGUCAGUUGAAGAUUAUACUACUAGUACUCUUCUUUUAUUAUCCAUUGUGUUUUAUUUUUGAAGUUUUUUCAUUGGUGAAUGUUGAGUUGAAAAGUCUCGGGUUUAAUGGAUCCGGGUGCGAUGAUGAACGAGGGUUCAUUUCCGAAUGGGAGUGGGAAUACGACGCCGUUUAGUUUAGCGGAGAUCUGGCAGUUUCCUGCGGCGAUUAAUGGCGGCGGAGGGGGAUUAGGACUAAGAAGGCCGCAGUUUGGAAACAGUUUGGGACAGUUUGGUGAAUUUGGACCCGGUUCGAACCGGGAUGUUAAUGGACCGGACCAGAGAGUUGUUUUGAACCAUGGUGUUGGGGUUAGUGGUUGUAAGAAGAGGCGUGACUCGGAAGAUGAUUCUCCUAAGUGUGUUUCCACCAGUAAUGGCGGUGCCAAUGUCAUGAAUGAUGGUGAUGGAAAACGGUCUAAAGCAUUAGGAAACAGAAAUGAAGGUGGUGAUGGUAAAGUUGAAGGAGAAGCCAGUUCAGGAAAGCCUGCGGAGCAAAACAAUAAGCCACCUCCUCCUGACCCUCCUAAGCAAGAUUACAUCCACGUGCGAGCUAGAAGGGGUCAAGCUACUGAUAGCCACAGUCUUGCCGAACGCGCUAGAAGGGAAAAGAUUAGUGAAAGGAUGAAAAUUCUUCAGGAUUUAGUUCCUGGUUGUAAUAAGGUUAUUGGGAAAGCAUUAGUCCUUGAUGAGAUAAUUAAUUAUAUCCAAUCACUUCAGCGCCAAGUAGAGUUUUUGUCGAUGAAACUUGAAGCGGUUAAUUCAAGACUGAACACCAGCAUCGAAGCCUUUCCACCAAAAGAUUUUGGUCAACAAACAUUUGAUCUAGCCGGCAUGCCAUUUGUGUCACAAGCUACAAGAGAGCCAAGCAGAGGUUCUUCUCCAGAAUGGUUACAUAUGCAGGUAGGUGGUGGUUUUGAAAGAACAACGUAGGGUAUUCAAUCCCUUCACCGUGUAAUAAUAAAAUGCAUAAAGAGCAGUAUUCGAUCCUUCAAUGGCUCCUAUAUAUAAAACAAAAAUGAUAUACUUAAGGUGUUAUAGUCUUCAUUCCCAUUUUCUUCUACACAAAGGUAUGGAGCUGUUACUGUUUUUAACAACAGGACUGCUUCAGUUUGCGGUUAAUCUCUCUCCACAUGUUUGGUGUUUUUUGAAAAUGAAAUUCAUUUUACUCAAAUAUUGUACUAUAGUGGACUUUCUCAGGCUUUCUUUGUUGGUACUUAAAUGUGACUCUUAUAAAAGUGAUCAUUCUUGUAUAAGAAUGCUGCUUGUCUUGAAUACAUAUUGUGUAGUGGUCUUGAGAUUUGUGUUUGUUUGUGAAACAAGGUUCAAUAAAUAAAGCUAAUGUAAUUUUUCAAAUAUUAUUUUC